AUGUGGUACUCGAGUAACGUGACAUGGAAUCUGGCUUUUGAGAAGCCCGCCGCCAUGAGUACAGUGUUUAGCAACUACCACCCCCCGUCAAAAGCGGUGAACGGCCAUCUUGGAACACACUGGGACUAUGACUUCUGCACAGCGACCAAACACGGCGAUAUGGAACCGUGGUGGAUUGUCGACCUGCACGGGCUCUUCCUCAUACGUGACUUCAUCAUAACGAACAGGGGAGACUACCUAUGGGAGCGUCUGCACAGUUUCACCAUUGACGUAUUCACGCAGAACCCAGUAGGCUGUCCACACGCUACGUCAGUCCAGUGCUACAACCGCACCGACCCACUGGGCGAGGGAGAGACUUUGACGCUGAGCUGCCACGCCCCAGUGAUAGGACGGUUCGUCCGUAUUAGGAAGUGGAAAAUGGCGGACAAGGUCGAUAUUCUAACAUUCUGUCAAGUCCAGAUCGCUGGAACAAGGGUAACAGGUUGUGAUGCUACAAAAUAUCUUCGUCGUAAGCAAGGAAUUCGACUAAUCUCGAAAAACGUUAUGAUUUCCGACGUCGCUGACAUCAUACACUGCUUGAUCAGAUGUGGCAACAGCGACGACUGUCUGGCUUUAAACUACAACUACCACGAUCGCCAGUGUCAGCUGAUUUCCACUCCGAACUUUAGCGAUUCAACACUGACGACGUCACUGUGGGAUUACUACGGAAUGGAUAUGUGUUGAGUUGUUUUACUGGAAUUUAUUUACCGUGAUGUCUACUUCGAAUUUGAUCAAAAUCAACUACCACGAUCGCCAAUGUCAGCUGAUUUCCACUCCGAACUUUAACGAUUCAACACUGAUGACGUCACUGUGGGAUUACUACGGAGUGGAUAUGUGUUGAAUUGAUUUAGGCCUACUGAAAUUUGUUAACGUGAUUUCUACUUCGAACUUUACCGAUUUCAACUACCACAAUCGCCAAUGUCAGCUGAGUUUCACUCCGAACUUUAACGAUUCAAUACUGAUGACGUCACUAUGGGAUUACCCUACGGGUUGAACAUUAGUUAAGUUGUUUAACUGAAAUUGAAGUUUGUUAACUUGAUUUAAACUUCGAACUUUACCGAUUUCAACUACGAUAAUCGCCAAUGUCAGCUUAUUUUCAUUCAGAACUUUAACGAUUCAUCACUGAUGACGUCACUAUGGAUUACUACGAAGUGAACAUUUGUUAAGUUGUUUUACUGGAAUUUGUUGACACGAUUUCUACUUCGAACUUUAUCGAUUUGAACUAAUUAGUACCACGAUCGCCAAUGUCAGCUGAUUUCCACUCUGAACUUUAACGUUUCAACACUAAUGACGUCAUUGUGGGAUUACUACGGAAUGGAUAUGUGUUGAGUUGUUUUACUGGAAUUUAUUUACCGUGAUGUCUACUUCGAAUUUGAUCAAAAUCAACUACCACGAUCGCCAAUGUCAGCUGAUUUCCACUCCGAACUUUAACGAUUCAACACUGAUGACGUCACUGUGGGAUUACUACGGAGUGGAUAUGUGUUGAAUUGAUUUAGGCCUACUGAAAUUUGUUAACGUGAUUUCUACUUCGAACUUUACCGAUUUCAACUACCACAAUCGCCAAUGUCAGCUGAGUUUCACUCCGAACUUUAACGAUUCAACACUGAUGACGUCACUAUGGGAUUACCCUACGGGUUGAACAUUAGUUAAGUUGUUUAACUGAAAUUGAAGUUUGUUAACUUGAUUUUAACUUCGAACUUUACCGAUUUCAACUACGAUAAUCGCCAGUGUCAGCUUAUUUUCAUUCAGAACUUUAACGAUUCAUCACCGAUGACGUCACUAUGGAUUACUACGAAGUGAACAUUUGUUAAGUUGUUUUACUGGAAUUUGUUGACGCGAUUUCUACUUCGAACUUUAUCGAUUUGAACUAAUUAGUACCACGAUCGCCAAUGUCAGCUGAUUUCCACUCUGAACUUUAACGUUUCAACACUAAUGACGUCACUAUUUAUUACUACGGAGUGGACAUAUGUUGAAUUAUUUUACUGGAAUUAGUUAACGUGAUUUCUACUUCGAACUUUACUGAUUUCAACUACCACGAUUCUGUGGCCUAUUCAGGAGUGUGAACGAUCGCGGUCGCUAGACUGGUUAUCGGACUUAACUUAGAUGAAUGUGAUAAUGAAAUCAGACAAUGGUACCAGUUAAACUGUUCGCCGGCGCUCGGCCUUCCUGAACUCAUCGUUGAUUUAUAUUCCAAAGUUUACCGAUUUAGCAGUGUUGACGUAUUAAAGGUCACCCAACACACACACACACACACACACACACACACACACACACACACACACACACACACACUUCUUUCCCCCCACAUUACCUUUUAUAUUUUCCUGUGGUAUUACUAUGGUGUGGACAUUACUUUUUGUUGAUUUGUUUUACUGAAAGUUGUUAACGCGAUUUCCAUUCCAAACUUUACCAAUUCAAUACUGCUGAAGUCACUAUGGGAUUACUACGGACUGGAAGAUUUGGUUGAUUUGUUUUACUGAAAAUUGUUAACGUGAUUUCUACUUCGAACUUUGCCAAACAUUAUAUAAGGAUUUAUUUUAACUCCAAAAUUGAGAACAUUCCCGUCUCAGUUUUUUGCCGAUUUCAACUGUUACGAUCGCCAAUGCGAUAUUAAUACGGAGUGGACAAUUUGGUUGGUAUGUUUUACUGAAAAUUGUUAACGGGAUUUCCACUCCGAACAUUACCAAUUCAACAUUGAUGACGUCACAACAGGAAUACCUCGGAGUGGACAUUAAUUUGUUGAUUCAUAUUACUGAAGUGUCUUAACGUUGUUUACGAAACACUUUUACGAUAAUUUUAUUCAUAAUAAUUAAAUACACUAUUA